AGCCAUCUUGGAAACAGCACGACCUAAAGGGGCCUUUCCGGUUCCGGUAAGAGAAUAACAAUGGCAUCUUGAUUCCUUGUGUUAUUUAGGACGUCUUUAUUUGAGCUUUUAGUUCCUCAGCAGUGAUCAAAGAUGCUAUGGGAGAAAAAUAUGUGUCAAUGAAUUUUAACGGGUUGGGACGGGACACAGGAUUGGACUGGGCCGCCGGGACACCGGGAAGAUUCCAGAUGGGCCGCUAGGACCAGUGAUAUAAAAAAAAAAAUACAAGUCAUGAAGAUAGGGCCUUUUUUUGUUUUUUUUGCCCGGGCCGCUUGAACUCCCCAGUCCAUCCCUGACGGGACAUUAAAUUUAUGAAAAUGUAUUACGUUAAAUGGCCGUGGCGUUAACACAUUGUUACCGUGCAUAGCUAUACUAUAAGCGAUUUGUGGCAAUGCUACAUUCAUAAUUCAUCUUCCCUAAACCGCUAAUACCAGGUGAUGGAGACUGUGUACUACUUACUAAAAGACGUGGCAGAGAAUGAGAUGACACAUUUUAUCUUGUCCAAAUUCAAGCAUGAGGGGACAGACAGAGUUUAUUUUGACGAUUUCCUCGGAGAAGAUGACGUCACUGAUGAGAACAAGCCCCUGGUAAGUGACAUUGUUAAUCUUAUAUGUCUUUUAAAAUCAAAUCAUUAUUUUAUGGUGUACAUCCACGUUUUUGUAAAGCAGAGUAGCUUGCCGGUAGUUGCCGCCUCCUUUUUUAAAAAUUAUCUUUGCGUGUUUCUGGGCUUAAGUCAAAGUCUUCGACCCACUUUCCGUCAUCAUAUCGACGGAAAUUCGGCACAUAGACUUGCAGCAAUUGACGACACAUUCUUUCAAAUUUUCAGCCUCAGCCCUAACUCCAACGCCCCCCCCCCCCCCCCCCCCACUCCCAAUCCAACAAAAAAAUAUUUUUUUACUAGGGGAAGAUGAACGAAAUACGAAUAGUUUAUUGGUUGUGUAUUUCGAUGUGGAGAUUAAUUGUGCAUGUGUUGCUAUGGGCUUUGUAUUUGUGACGUAUUUGGGUAUGCAGAAAUAAAAUUUAUAUUUGAAGUGGAAAAUGAAAGAAAUAUGAAGCAUGUCACUAAACACUGACUUCACCUCUAACACCCCCCAUAAGUAAUUACAUCCGGAACAAUAGCAAAUGCUUCAAUGUGCCUCGGUGUAACAUGGUCCAGUAAAAACAAUCACUUUCGCCAGCAAGUUUAUCGCUUGGAGUCACCUGGACAAUGGCGCCAAGGACUCGACAUCUAUCGAGAGCUUCAAGGCUGCCCUGGCACCCGGUAGGAGCCGUUAGGAUUAGCAGCAUCGCUUCCCCCCAACAUUUGCACAUAUGUCAGUACACUGAUUCAGCAACGUACCCUACCAGGACAGAACCAGGGGACGUGUCUGCGCCAGAAGUUGUACAAACUUUCAUACAAGCCUCUUAAAAAAAUGAUCAAUCCAGAAAAAUAACAUAACUGAAAACAACGCAUAUAAAGGAUUAAUAUGAACAAAAUAUUUUAGGGUUGUUUUUAUUUGAAAUUCUUUAUAUCAACUUCGUGUUUUGUGUGUUUCUUUUAUGCGGCAAAACCUUCCAGAGGCUGAAUGAUCCACAUCCUAUCAUUCUAUCGAGCUAAAAAUUUUCAGGAAGACUUAUUGCCGAUGACAACACAUUCUUUCAAAUUUUCAGCCCCACCCCUCACCCCGACCACCAAAAGAGGAAUGAAAUAUGAUGUGUUUGAUAUUUGCGUGUUUUGGUGUGGAGAUUACUUGUGUAGCUGUUGCUUUGUGCUUUGUGCUUUGUGCUUUGUAUUUGUAACGUAUUUGAUCAGUUAAGUUUUAUUUUUUAAAAAUGUACCAUACCAAAAAUGAUUUGCUACAAUCACAUAAAAGAUAAAUACUUACAGUUAGAUAAAUGCAAACAAAAAUGCAUAUAAAGGAUUUAAAGAAAUAAUCUCAUUUUUUAGUUGUUCUUUAAUUCCAUGAUUGUUCAUUCCAAAAUCAUGUUUGAUUUGUCCAAAUGCCAUUGCAGUAAAUUGAGUAGGGCUUUAUAAAACUGACCCAAUAAUAUAAUAUAUGUAUAUUAAGGUAUACUUGUAAUUUGAAUAAUUUCUCUCCUCUCAAUUCAUGGUAUAGUCAUCCAAUCCGUAUUGACAAAGCAACAGGAUGGCAACGACCAAUGGAAUGAGAGCUGCACCAACCCACUGGCUCUCCUCUCUCUCUGAAAAUAGUUUUGUCUCUACGUGGUCGUACCCAGUAGAUUAGAAUAUAUAGACUACAAUAGAUUUAUCCUUUUUAAUUCUUCAGCCAAAGCCCCAACUAUACAGAGGAUCAAUGUGCAAGCAAAACCUUGACAUUUAAACCAUUUUAAUUCUGAACGCGCAGAGUUCUCAAAAAAGUAUAUCAAUAGUUAAAAUAACAUUCAUGGCCGAUGUCCUGAAAAGAAAUAUGGAUAUAUGAGUAUUAACUUUUUCUUUACUUGUUGGUGGGCUUGUGGGGAGGGGAGCCACAAUGGUAGUUUUUCACGUUUUUUCUUUCAAUAAAAAUUAUUUUGUAAUCUACGUAAGAUUACUUAGAACUCCACUGAUUAAUUUAUGUAUUACAAUUAUAGUUAACUAUAAGAAUAAAUGAAUCAUUGACAAUUAUAUAAGAAUACAUCUUGUUUAUCCGUAGAAAUUCAAAAUGUAAAAAUUUCCAUUUUAUCGACAGGUUCGAAGUGAGGACAGGAUCUUCACCACUGCCAUGGCAGCGAAUGCAUUAAUAUGCACGUGGGCUGUGUAUGAUGAUGAUGCAAGAACUACUCACUGGAAAGAAGGUGGGUUCAAAAUUUGAUGUAGUGCAAUGAACAAUGAUUCUUUUGCAGUGGACAGCGGUGUCUAGUAGACUUAUUUCAGUUUGCUGCCAAGUUUAAUUAAAAUUCAUCUGACCUAGAGUUAAACCCAAUUUAUCAAAAUUUUUGUUUUAAAAAUAAUUUUCCCUAGGUAACAGCAGUCGUAGAUCUAGAUACUAGAUGUCCAUUGCAGCAUGUCAAUAAAUACUGCAAGCUUAAAAAGAAACCACGUGCACUUGUGUGCCAUUACCUUCCAUUAGACCGCUGGACCACACCUGUUCAACAUGAUUACAUUGCCAUUGUAUUUAACUAUUACAAAAAGGAUGAAAACAUACCAAAGACAAAAAGGCAAACCCAAAUCAACAAACAAACGAACUUGUGUUAAAAUCCUCAAAGGAGCUACGAGCGCAUUUUUGGCAAUUUUAAAAACGACGAAUUUAAAAGCUUUGUCUAAAAUUAAUAUUUAGAAUUAUUUAAAAAAAAAAUAGUUUAAUCACAUAGAUCGUUACGAAUGUUAUAGUUAAACUGUUCAUUCAAUUAAUUGGAAUCUCUGGAGUAAAUAUCUUUGCAAUUUUGACUUUUAAGAAAAAAUACAACAUUUAAAAAAUCCAAUUUACAAAUUCACGUGGAUGCAUUUAUUUACUUCUGGCUAUCUUUGUGAAAUUGGCAAAAACAGAUAAAGUAUUUCACCAAAAAUGAACUUAAAAGGCAAAUUAUAAUACCAAAGUAAAAAAAAAACAAUAACCGUUUGCAUUCCACCAAAAUGUUCUCUUCUGACACCUAGGUGUUUCAGAGGAUGUGAAAGGAACGAUAACCGGUUGCAUAUCGUGGCUUACAGCAUAUGCGCUAGAUAGAAGUUAUGAGCCUUGGAACGCAGUUUUCUCAUUUACUGUGAAAGAUUUAAGUGUGAGUUGUGUUUAAUUAUGAUAGUUAUAAAUAAGAAUAUAUUUUAUAUCAUCUAUAUAAUAAGUUUUAUUCAAAAACUAACCUGCAAAGAGAUUAAAAAAUUGUAGGUGUCAGCAGCUAAAACAACCAAUGAGAAUCUAAAACAAUUCUUUUGGAAAUAUAAUAGUUAAUAUUAAUGAAAAUUUUAUUUGUAUCAGAAAAUUUUCAUUAAUAUUAACUAUUAUAUUUCCAAAAGAAUUGUUUUAGAUUCUCAUUGGUUGUUUUAGCUGCUGACACCUACAAUUUUUUUGGAAAUAUAAAUAUAUAUAUAUAAAUAUGUAUAUAUAUGGUAUUUAUCCAAAGGGUUUUUAGGUACCCCUUCUCUUCAGGGAUAACUAAAGCAACACAUAAAUUAACUUUACCCACAAGGCCCCUCUUUUAACUUAAGUGACAUUUGCUAUAGAAAUUGAAUUUUUUCUAGUUUUUCUUAAUUAAAAAAAAGAUGACUUAAACCAGUUUUUUAGAAAAAAAAAUAAAUCUAGAGUUUUUUUGUGUGUGUUUAAACUCAAUAUUGUUCCAGGUUGAAAUAAGGACUAAAAAAAUACAUUUGCAUUUGGAUCUUAAAAAUAAAUGACAUUUCAAUUUAGUUCUAUAAGUGUCCACGAUAACUUCCUGGGAUUUUCUUAGGAUCGGGUAAUUUAUCUUUUAUAAGUUUGUUGAAGUUUCUAGAUCAGUGGCUCUCAACAUUUCUAAGGCCUUGACCCUUUAAUACAGUUCCUCAUGUUGUGGUGAAGCCAAACAUAAAAAUUAUGUUUGCUGCUACUUCAUAAAUACGUGUUUUACGAUGGUCCGAGGCAACCCAAAGGUUGAGAGCUGCUGUUCUAGAUGAUUCUAGAAGGUUCAUUUUUUCCCUAUAAAGUUUUAAGAUUAUAUAUGUCCUUAUUGUGUACGGGUGUUUUUUUUUUUUAUUAGUGAUUUUCCUCUCAUGUUAUGUGAUAAGAUUUAUGAUAUUUAUGAAGAGUCUAGAUGAUUCCCAAUUAAUUUUUCCUUGCAAAUGUAAAGUUAAUCAGUUUGAAUGUUUAUAUUACAAUUUAGACCCCCACGUGAAUGAAGGAUCUUUGCUAAACUUGGUUAAUAAUAAAACUGCACUUAAUAAUUCCGAAAAUAAUAUGGUUGAAUUUUAAACUAAUAUCCUCUCUUUUUGGUGUAUAGUUGGGUCGGGGGGAAAGUUGUUACAUCAAAAAGCUAUAUAUUUGGCGUUUUUUUAAAAAUCUGAUAUAAAUGGAAACAUUUUUAUAAUAAAAUUUGCUUUCUUUUCAAAUUUAUUAUUCCUACUGGCCUUAAACUUAAGGGUUAAAUACCUUUCGUGGGAAUUGACCUAAAGUUAAACAAAUUCCAAAGGCAGAUUGAAUCCGAUUUAAACGAGAUGAAUUUGAAAAUUUAACUUCAUUAAUUAUCUGAAAGAGUUUUAUAAGGAACUCUAUCUUAGGAAUAACUGUAAGUGUACCACAUGUAACGGAUUCUACCAGGGAAUGGGGAUCCCACCGGCCUCCAACUUAAUUUUAAGUAAUACAUGGUCGUAGCUUGGACGUUGGUGAAUACCUUUUUAAUGAUACUUAUUUUCAAACAAAUAUUAGGCUUGUGUCUUGACCUAAUUUUACUUUAAAUUAGAGAUGAGGCCAACACCACAUGUCUUCCCCCCCUUUUUUUUGUUUUGAUAUUAGCGUCAUCGUUCAAAUGUGUAGCGCUGUAUCAAAACCACCCCGCCCUUGAUUGUGGAAAGGUAGUUUGCGUUCUAUUUAUUUGAAAGAAUUAUAUAGUGCGAUCAAAUUUCUAGAAUUUUAUUUCUUGAAGCUUCUUGCUCCCUCCCUCAGCCGGAAGAAAGACUUAAGCUAUAUUUAUAAGACAAUUACGAGACGUAAUAUGGAAGCCUUACAAGAUUGUACUCUUUGUGUGUGUAUUUAAAUUUUCUUUUCUCUUAUGAUAAUUAUAUCUUUUCACUGGCUGUGCUUUAAAAUGAAAUAGUUUUUAUUUCUGUAUGUUCAAUCUUGUAUUUUAAAAUAAAUUUAACCAAACUUAAAAUUGUUGCCAUUAUCACUAGCUUUGUUUUCUUUUUUUUCUGGUUUCUCGUCCUUUGUUACGCAUCUUUCAACAUUCAAGCCAAAUCUUACAACUGAUUAAAUUUUCAAAAUCAUAUAAUGGUACGCAAUAGUCUUUAAAAAAAUGUUGUUGUUUUUUUACUAGGCCCAGCCUAGAAAAGUUUACAAAUUUAUAUUAAUAUGUCGUUUUAUAUGAGCCUUCAAUUAUUUAGAGACUUGUUUUUUUUUAAUAGGGCCAUUAAUUAAACAUUUAAAUGAUAAAGCUGUGGAAGGGUUUCUGAAAGCAAUUCCGGGAAACGCUGGGUAUAUUUGCUAGUAUAUUGUAAAUUGUUUAAUUUUGGAGUUUUAUUUUUUUUAAUAGGGCCAUUAAUUAAACAUUUAAAUGAUAAAGCUGUGGAAGGGUUUCUGAAAGCAAUUCCGGGAAACGCUGGGUAUAUUUGCUAGUAUAUUGUAAAUUGUUUAAUUUUGGAGUUUUACCAUAACAUUUACAAUACAUUUUUCCAUUAGGUUAUUUUUUAGUUUAUAAUGACUUAGAGUAUUUUCUUUAUACGUUACUGCAGACAGUACAGUUUUACAGAGAGCAUCUUUUAAAAAAAUGAUGUAACCAUAUACUCACCACCACUUAAAUAUGUUUAUGACCUUUUAUGCUUCAAUUAAAAUGACGGAACCUUUUUGAGUUUUUAGCUACUCAAUUAAAAUGUAUUUUAAAAAAAAAAACGUUUUCAGAUCAUUCCUCAUUUAACAUGUCAGUUCUGUAUUACUUUCACAGCAUAUACCCUUCUGGUAUCCAGCCAAUUUCUUUGAGGGUCUUAACGGCACUGAGAUCAGUGAUUGGUCUGUUAUGCCCGACACAAUGGCCUCCUAUGGGAUCAAAGGCUACAUACCAAAAGACGAAUAUGACGCCAUGCUGGAAGAAAGAAGAUCUCUCUAUCCCAUUCCUUCGACGUUCCAAGGCUACACCAGUCCAACGGCUAACUUCAUUUUCUGGUCUUCGGAUGCGUUCACGUACGCCUCAACCUUGCUGGCCGUGUCUCGUUACAGGAAUAUUGUAGGUUAAAUGUUGAAAUAAAUGAACAACACUCUUUUCCUAAAUAACUCAAUAUCUCAUUUGAAAUGUUGAGCUUAGCGUAAAAUUAUUUCCAUGUGACCUUAACGACAGAACAU